AUGAGUCUGCUAAUGACAUCUAAUGACUAUGCUAAUAAGAUCAAGACACAAAGAAGGCGGCAGUACAAAGAAUCAGAAUCGGACGGUUCAGAGGACGAUGAAAGGAAAACGAAAUCAGUCGAGAAAAAAAUAUCGUGUAAAUUUUGCGGCUUUGAGCACUGGCCAGAUAAGCGAAAGUGUCCAGCCUGGGGAAAAACCUGCAACAAGUGCAAAAGAAAGAAUCAUUUUGCCAAGAGAUGUCGAAAGUCCGCCAUAUACUGCAUAGAAAGCGAGGAGGAAGAAAUUAGCGUCGUGAGAAUUCAAGCUAUGAAAGAGAAAGCGGUAUUUGCGAAGAUCUUGGUCAACGACGUUCAUGUACAUUUCCAAGUCGACUGUGGCGCCAGCACAAACAUACUUCUAUACAAGUAUGUAGAAAAGGAAAAGAUUUCUCCAUGUGAUAGAACAUUAGUCAUGUGGAACGGUACUAAAGUGAAACCUUUGGGAACGUGCGUCGUUCGAGUGGUUAAUUUAAGAAAUCAGAAGAAGUAUGAUGUGAAGUUCUUGAUCGUCAAGGAUGACCUGACUCCGUUGUUAGGUUUGAAGACCACAGAGGAGAUGAGGCUGUUGAUGAUUCACAAAGAGAACUUCAUUAGCGCUGUGUUUUGUAAGAAAACGGAUGUGGUAGACAAGCAUGCUGAAGUUUUCAAUGACGAUUUGGGAAGAUUGCCAGGAAUAGUCCAUCUAGAAGUAGACCCAAAUCAUAAACCAGUCGUACUACCGGCACGGAAAAUCCCCGUGUCAGUGAGAGACCAAUUCAAAGUCGAGUUACAACGAUCAGAGAGACUGGGAGUCAUCACACCUGUCGAAGAACCGACCAAGUGAGUCAAAUUGUCAUGGCAAUGAAGAAAUCUGGUGCAUUGCGCAUAUGCAUAGAUCCAAAGCCACUGAACGAAGCCCUGAAGAGAGAGCGAUAUCAAAUUCCUGUCAUAGAUGAUUUACUACCUGAUUUGUCGGAGGCUCGUGUAUUUUCCAAGGUUGACCUGGCAUCCGCAUUUUGGCAUCUAGAAUUAGACGAAGAGUCAAGCAAGCUGACGUUUUCUACCCCCUACGGAAGAUUCCGGUGGUUGCGCGUGCCCUUCGGUUUAAACGUGUCCAGUGAGAUUUUCCAGAAACGACUCAACCAAGAGCUCCUGGGACUGGAGGUGUAUCGCAGAUGACAUCCUUGUCUAUGGUACCGACGAAAAAGACCACGACAAGAACUUCGAGAGGCUACUGGAACGGUGUAAAGAAAAGAGCAUUAAGUUGACCAAGGACAAAUUGGAGUUAAAGUGUAAAGAGGUUUCAUUCCAUGGUCAUCUUCUCACCAAUGAAGGUUUGAAAGUCGACCCUUUGCGUGAUCUAACACACAAAGAGUCGGCGUGGUGCUGGUUGGAAAUACACGAGAAAGCAUGGAAUGAAGUGAAGCAUUUAAUCGCAAUGACCCCAGUCCUCGCGUACUAUAAGCCAUCAGAAAGUCUUGAGAUCCAAUGCGAUAGCAGUCAGACUGGUUUGGGAGUGGCCCUAAUGCAGAAUGGUCAUCCGAUUGCAUAUGCCAGCCGAACACUAUCUGAGACAGAAAGAAGAUAUGCUCAGAUAGAGAAGGAAAUGUUGGCCAUCAUUUAUGCGGUCGAGAAAUUUAAUGACUACACGUUUUGCAGAAAAGUUACCAUCUACAGUGAUCAUAAACCUCUAGAAAGUAUUUUGAAGAAACCUCUUCACCGAGCGCCCAAGAGACUGCAGAGUAUGAUGAUCCAUCUCCAGAAGUAUGACAUCGAAGUGAAGUAUGAGAAAGGAAGCAACAUGUUCCUUGCCGAUACGUUGUCCAGAGCGAGCGUCCCCGGUGAUGGGAAAAGUGGUCCAGAGUUCGAGACUAUCAACAUGAUGAAGUACCUGCCAAUUUCUGACGAACGAUUAAAGGGAAUACAACGAGAAACAAAAAGCGAAGAGUCCCUCCAAGUCUUGACGACGGUGAUUCGGCAAGGGUGGCCAGAGCAAAAAGAAUAUCUGCCAAAUGUUGUGGCACCCUACUUCAACAUCCGAGACGAGAUGUCGAUCCAAGAUGGUCUAGUGUUUACAGGAGAAAGAGUGGUUAUCCUGCAAGCAAUGAGAAGCAAGAUGCUGGGAAAAGUCCACAACUCCCACCUGGGAGUAAAUGGGUGCCUCAAUCGAGCUCAAGAGUGCCUUUACUGGCCCGGUAUGUCCAACGAUAACAAGAACCAUGUGUCAACCUGCGAAGCCUGUCGUGAGUAUGAGAGAAGUCAGCCAAAGGAAACUUUAUGUAGUCAUGAAGUGCCAAAUCGACCCUGGCAACGUGUAGGAAUAGACUUAUUUGAACUAGAGAGAAAACACUAUCUAAUUACCGCUGACUAUUUUAGUGAUUUCGUUGAGCUGGAUCACUUGAAGAAUAUUUCCUCAGUACAAGUCAUUAGGAAAAUCAAGAGUUAUUUCGCGAGACACGGCAUACCCGAGCAGGUGAUAACGGACAAUGGCCCGCAGUUCGUGGCACACGAUUUCCAGAUAUUUACUAAGGAAUGGGACUUCGAGCACAUCACCUGUAGUCCAUACCACAGUCAAGCAAAUGGUAAAGCCGAAAGCGCUGUAAAAGAAGCUAAGAAAAUCCUAAGAAAGUCGAAGAAAGCAAAGUCAGACGCGUUUUUGGCGGUUCUUGACCAUCGAAAUACUCCCUCCACGAGCAUGAAGAGCAGUCCAGCCCAGCGUCUGUUGAAUAGGCGGGCGAGAACCUUGUUGCCAACAACAGCGAAGCUGCUGCAACCACAAUCCAUUGACAGUGGUACCACGGUAGAGAAACUAGCGGAACGGAAAAGACAACAAGCCAAGUAUUAG